GCCGAAGCCGAAGCCGAAGCCGAACAUCAAAACAAAUUGGUUGACAUGUGUUUCCCUCACCCAAUUAUAUUGGAUGAUUCAAGUGAAUUUGGUAACAAAGUUAUUGUUGGCGUAGCUUUCACUAGAUCUUAUACUCUACGUCAGUAUCAUUGUGCAACAAGAAAGUAUACGAAAUUGGUGGAUAAUGCCAUCUCGUAUUUGGGCAAGAUGUUAGGUCCUCGAACUCAAAAAUCGCAAGGGAAAAAUUCAAAGAUCAAAUUCAAAAAUUUAGAGGAAAAGAGGAGGAAGAGAAAUCCUUCACCAAUCUACCUUUUUAGAGUCUAA